GUUUGGUUCUGAUCUCAGUCUGAUGGAUCAGCAGGGAGCCGCUCAGAUCAGAUGAAGAUCUCAGCUGAUCCUGGACUCUCCGUUACUCUGAGCUGCUGGGAUCAAAUCCUCAGAAAUGAGCUGCAGUCAGAGUCUGAUCCUCUGCAGAGAUCAGACGGAUCCAGAAAACCAGACGGAGGACCGAGAUGGGUUCUGGUUCUGGUUGUGACUGACUGACGAUGGAGGAACCAGGAACAGAGCCUGGUCCAAUCAGCAUCAUCCACCUGAUGGAGCUCCUCCUCCUCAGCAGGUGGUUCCUGAGUGAAAUGUGAGUUUCAUCCUGUGAAGGUUUGUCUGCUGCUCUGAUCCCUUGAUGUGGAGGAAGGAGGCGGGUUCAGCUCAGUAACAGCAGCUGAACUGAAGCUGAACUGAUCAGUCAGAGCUACGAUGAGACCAACAUCUCUACCAGCUUCACUCUUUCUGACCUUCUUGGUUUCCUGCACAGAGGCUGAAGUCCUCCCAGUUCGUCUGACUGUGAAUCCCAGCAGAUCUCAGUUCUUUAGAGGAGAAUCAGUGACUCUGAUCUGUGAGGAUGAAAACAGAUCUGAUGGAUGGACUGUGAGGAGAAACACGACCAGAGGAACCAGGACUGAGUGUAAAGAUGGAUGGGGAGAAGCUGAUGGUUCUACAUGUAACAUGAACUACCUUCUCCCAGAGGAUACUGGUCUGUACUGGUGUGAGUCCAUGUCUGGAUCCUCCAGCAGCAGCAGCAGCAUCCAGCUCUCUGUCUCUGGUGGAUCAGUGAUCCUGCAGAGUCCUGUCCUCCCUGUGAUGGAGGGAGAUGACGUCACUCUGAGCUGCAGAGCAAAGAAUCCAACCCACAACCUCCCAGCUGCUUUCUAUAAAGAUGGCUCCUUCAUUGGUGAUGAAACUACUGGCAACAAGAUUCUCAACUCAGUGAAGAAAUCUGAUGAAGGCCUCUAUAAAUGUAACAUCAGCCGUCAUGAAGAGUCUCCAUCCAGCAGGAUCUCUGUCAAAGAGAGAAUCUCCUCCACUCCUCCAUCUUCCUCCCAGUUUCUCCUCUAUGGUCUCUUGCCUCUAGCUGGUGUUGUUCUGGUUCUACUGGUUCUACUGGUUCUACUGGUCAAACGUCACAUUAACAGGAAAUCUAAAGAUGAUCAGGAGGAUGGAGAGGAAAGUUUAACUUACACUGAUGUUCAAAUAUUCCAGAGGAAACAACAGAAAGACAAACCAAACGGAGGAAGCGAUCCGUCUGCAGUCGUUUCCACGGUGACGACAGAUGAAGUCAGUUAUGGGCAGAUAAUCAUCAGAGAAACCAGGAAAAGAGAUUAUAAACCAGAACCAAAAGUAGUUUAUUCCACCCUGAGGUAAUCCUCCAGGUCCAGCAGGAACCUCCACCGGCCUAGUUAAAGCCCAGAAUGAUCGAUUGACUCCUGGUGAAUAUUUAUCUGUCUGUAGAACCAAAUGAAUGUAUUUAAUGUUUCAGUCUCAUGUUUUCAGUAAUUCACUGUUUUUAUUUGAAAUGUCUGAACUGUUAAAACCUCAAAGCCUGUUGAACCAGUUUAACCAGUUUAACCUGUUGAACCAGUUUAACUUGUUUAACUUGUUUAACCAGUUUAACCAGUUUAACCUGUUGAACCAGGUUGACCUGUGGAACCAGUUUAACCAGUUUAACCUGCGGUUCUGCAGCUUGUUGCUAACAAACAUGAUGUUCCUGCCUGCCUGUCUGUCUGUCUGUCUGUCUGUCUGUCUGUCUGUCUGUCUGUCUGUCUGUCUGCCUGCCUGCCUGCCUGUCUGUCUGUCUGUCUGUCUGUCUGUCUGUCUGUCUGUCUGUCUGUCUGCGGUUCACCAGUGGAAACUUUUAUUCACAGCAGCAGGUGAGAAAAACUGAACCAGAACCGCAGAACAAACCUGUUAAAACUAAAAAAAUCCCCCAGUGUGUGAAAGUAAAGCUGAUCCUUCAGGUUGUUUAUUGAUUUUAUAUUUAAAGAAUCUGUGAUAAACUGCAGUUAAAGUUAAAUUAAGAGUCUGUGGAUUCAGAACAUCAAUAUUAGAUAAAUAAUCUGGGAGUUUUAUUUCUGUUAGUUGGUCCAGUUGGUUCUGGUUGGUUCUGGUUGGUUCUUCACUUUUAUUUUUGU